UGUCGUCAUUUCCCUUAGGGAUGUCUAAGGUUUGUAGUUCCUGUGCUGUUGACCUGUCAGCGUUGUAGUACAAUCUGUCACUGCCGCUGAUUUACUCGUCCUUCUGGAGGUGACAGUCUCGCAGCGGCUGCGACGCCAGGCCUCCUCGCGCUCAGGACCGUCUGUUCUCACUGCCGUUGCUGCUGUCGGCUAAUCGGCGAGCUAACCGCUAAAGUUAGCUAACGAGUCCACCGACCUGACAGCUAGCUUGCUGGUAGCUCGACGUUAGCUAGCUGCGUUAGCUAUCCAGGCUGCUGCUCGUAGGAAGGGAGGAACCCGCCCACCCCUGCUAAAACUAAACAGCCAUUCCAGACAAAGGAGUGAACGAUGGAAGCCGAAAGCUCCAGUGAACUGCUGCUGACCAGGAAGAGAAGAAGAGAGAGCUCCAAAGGGGACAACGAUGAGAGGGAGAGGCUUGUGAAAAUCCCCAGAUGCACUGUGGGGCUGAAGCACCCUGCACCUUUUGCAGAUGAGCUGGAGCCAGCGGAUGGUAAACCCUAUGAGAGGGUUAACAUGGAGACGGCCAAGAGGGGAACACCACCUGACAGACCAGUGCGGGUGUAUGCAGAUGGCAUUUUUGAUGUUUUCCACUCAGGUCACGCCAGAGCUCUCAUGCAGGCUAAAUGCCUCUUCCCAAAUACACACCUCAUCGUUGGAGUGUGCAGCGAUGACCUGACCCACAAAUACAAGGGCUUCACAGUGAUGAAUGAGGAUGAACGCUAUGAUGCCAUCAGUCACUGCCGCUACGUGGACGAGGUGGUGCGAAAUGCUCCCUGGACGUUAACGCCAGAAUUCCUCGAAAGACAUCACAUUGACUUUGUGGCCCAUGACGACAUCCCAUACUCCUCAGCGGGCAGUGAUGACGUGUACAAGCACAUUAAAGAAGCUGGUAUGUUUGCUCCGACCCAGCGGACAGAAGGCAUCUCCACCUCUGACAUCAUCACACGCAUCGUCCGUGACUACGAUGUGUAUGUCAGACGUAACCUACAGAGAGGAUACACAGCCAAGGAGCUCAACGUCAGCUUUAUCAACGAGAAGAAAUACCACCUGCAGGAGCGUGUGGAUAAGGUGAAGAGGAAGGUGCGUGACGUGGAGGAGAAGAGCAAGGAGUUUGUGCAGAAGGUGGAGGAGAAGAGCAUCGAUCUCAUUCAGAAAUGGGAGGAGAAAUCCAGGGAGUUCAUCGGCAACUUCCUGCAGAUGUUUGGUCCUGAGGGAGCUCUGAAACACAUGCUGAAGGAAGGAAAAGGCCGCAUGCUGCAGGCCAUCAGCCCCAGGCAAAGCCCCGACAGCAGCCCCACCCGCGAGGAGCGCUCGCCGUCUCCCACUUUCCGUCUCCCCUUCUUCACCAAGACCUCCCCUCCACCCUCACCUCCGCCCCACCACAGCGGCGCCCGCGGAUACCUCAUCAGUGAGGACGACGAAGAAGACGACGAAAACUGAAUCGUCAGUUUGUCGAUCCACAGCCAGAGUGCUAACAGUUAGCUGAGUGUUCGAUUAGCGUGAUUCUCUUCGAGCUCCUGCUUCCAUCUUCUGUUUUUUUUUUUGUUUUGAUUAUUUUGUUGUUUAGCACCUCAGUGUCACGUUAAUUGUAACAACCAGUGUCUCCACAGCUCUUGUUUUAAACAGACAAUUUUGUCUCCCCCGUGUUAUGGUCAGUAAAAGUUACCACUAGUCACUUGAGUUCUUUCACAAUUUUCUCAUUUAUCUCAGUCACUUUUGAUGUUGAUUUUUAUUAGACAAUGCCACUUAGGAAUAUUUGAUGGUAUUGUAGGAGUUUGUGGUUUUGUUCUCGUCAUGACGUUAGCGGGAGGGCUCGCAGGGGUUUCAGUCACUUGUUGGAACAGCACGUGUUGCCUUGGUGUGCGAGAGGUGACAUUGUUGAAGUUAUCCUGGAGUAGGUCCGAAAACUGAAGGUUUAAAUGGUCUGCUCGUUUAAUGCGGCGGCAGUUUACUAACAUUUAAUCAACCUGGCUUUUUUUUUUUUUUCUUUUCAUACCAGGGGAAACUUCAGAUCAAACCAGAGCUGAAUCUAAGAGUAACGGUGUUAAUCGUCCAACUAACAGCAGGUUUUUUCUCAAGUUUGUCGCCUGCUUUGGGCUGCGUGUGGCUGUGUGUAUGUGCAUGUGGUGUUGUUUUGCAUACAAGCUCUAAAAUAACAUUGGCAUGUUUGAAAUGUCUUUCUCCAUCUGUUGACAGUUCUGGGUUCAGCUUGACUUUACUGCAUUUAGUUUUUGUCUGCGGAAGGGAAUCGGUCUUUGAAAGAGACGUUUCAAACUGGAUGCCUUUUUAAAUGUGGCAGAAGAGAAAUGCUUGUAAGGAUGGCAGGGAGGGCCUGUUGAAAUGUUGAUGUAGAAACUUAUUUUUGUAGAUUUCAUCUUUCCUUUCUUUAUCCUCUGUACAGAUGUGAUCUUAAUCAUCCCCCUUGUAGAAGCACUUUCAGGCUGAGCCGAAAAUCAACGUGAGAAGGGCUGGACAUCUUUUCUUUUAUGUGAUGCAGAUCUGGGCCACUGGGAGUCAAACGUUACCUCUGAUACACAUGUGAUGCUAAGAGAACGUUUUAGGUUUUCAGAAAUCAAAAAACACUGGAGAACAGUCUCUAUUUGUAAGAAAUCACAUCUUUUGUUUAGUUGGAAUCUUGAGCACAGAAGGUUUCUUAAAUGUGUUCCCCUCAUUGGUAACACACACGCACAGAAAAAUACAAGUAUACCAGGUACUAAUCAGGACUUUGUGCUGUAGUCUGUGUAGA